UAAAGAAAAGUUUCCAUUGCUACAAGUUCAUGUAUAAUAAAAAAUGGAAACCGUAAAUUCUACAAUAAUAUGCACAAGUCCUCCUCUUAAUACUCACAAGAGUGUGUGGCAGCAUGGCAACCCACUUUCUUCCCCCACUCCUCUUAUCUUCCUUCAGGUCUCUAUUAUUACUAUAGUCACACAAUUCUUGGAUAUUUGUCUCAGACCCCUAGGACAAACCUCUCUCGUUUCUUAUAUUCUUGGAGGAUUGGUAUUUGGUCCAUCAGUUUUGGGGCACAAAGAGACGCUGACAAAAUUCUUAUUCCCUAUGAAAGGUUCUCUAACACUCAACACAGUGGCAACUUUCUUUCUCGGUUUCUUCUACUUCAUAUGUUGUGUAAAGAUGGAUACAGCAACAAUGUUGAAAACAGAAAAACAAGCCAUCACAAUUGGUCUUUCGGUUUUCCUAUUCACAUUUAUAAUCCCUCUUGGAAUAGCUUUUGCAUUGAUCAGUUUUGUUGCCAUGGACAAAUCUCUCAUCGAGGCUCUCCCUUUAAUAGCCAUCUCGCAAAGCUUAACCGUGUUCAUCAGUAUAUCAGUCCUUCUGACAGAGCUAAAAAUCCUAAACACAAAUGUUGGUCGUCUGGCAUUAUCAUCCGCGAUGUUUACCGAUGUUUUUAGUUUCUCUAUAACAGUAUUUAUAUUUGCAGUAUUGCAGGUUAAGACUAGUAAUAAGAGUAUGUUGACACUAGUAUGGAUUCUUCUUUCCAUUGGAGGACUCAUUGUUUUUAUCAUAUAUGUAAUGAGGCCGGUUAUGAAAUGGUACAUUGCACGGUUAAAUGGAAAGCCUGUCGGCGAACUUUGCGUUGUCAGUAUCCUUCUAUGUGUUCUCUUGGCUGAAUUUUUAAGCGAAUUCAUUGGGCAGCAUUAUGUAAUGGGAACAAUAUUUUUUGGCCUAGCUGUUCCUGAAGGGCCUCCUUUAGCAUCGACUUUGAUAUCGAAAAUGGAAACGCUUACUUGUGGUUUUAUGUAUCCAAUAUACCUUGCUGUCAGUGGAUUGCAGACUGAUAUAUUCAAAAUCAGCAUUCACACUACUUGGAUUAUAACUGUCGUAGUGAUGGUCUCUUUUUUCGUAAAGAUCGUUGCUGUUAUGUUGCCAGGUUAUUAUUACAAUGUUCCCAUGAGAGACUGUUUUGUGAUUGGGCUUCUUCUCAAUGGCAGAGGUAUCGCCGAGCUCGCGUUAUACAAUGUCUGGAAGGAAGGCAAGCAACUAACAGGGCAACAAUUCUCUUUAUUGGUUCUGACCCUUCUACUGAUAAAUGCUAUCAUAGCACCAUUGGUAAAAUUCGUAUUUAACCCUUCAGGCCAAUAUCGUGCUGGAAAAAGAUGUUCAAUAUUACAUAUGAAGCGAGAUUCUGAGCUCCGAGUCAUGGGAUGCUUUUACAAGAAUGAAAGCAGCCCAACAAUGUUCAACAUUAUAGAAGCCUCAUGUGCAAGCAUAGAGAGCAAUGUUACUGUUAUAGCACUUCUCCUUGUAGAGAUUCUCGGAAGAUCAAGGCCUCUUCUCGUCGCUCACCAACCGCAUGAUACGCUUCGGACAACAAGAUGUUAUUCAUCUCCACUCGACAAAGCAUUGAAGCAAUAUACACAACUGAAUGAAGGAUGUGGGCAUGAGGAAUCAUUCACAUCGGUCUCCGACUUCGACACAAUCCACGAGGACAUCUGUCGAAUAUCCCUCGACAGAAUAGCCAACAUUUUGAUCAUGCCAUUCCACAAAAAAUGGGAGAUAGACGGAACCGUCGUGGUAAACAAUAGAGCAAUCCAAACAAUAAACAUUAAAGUCCUCGAAGGAGCGCCUUGUUCAGUCGGAAUCCUAAUCGACCGAGCUAUCUUAAGCGGUUCUCCGUCGCUAAUAUUAGGAAAGUCCGCAUACUAUGUAGCAGUAAUCUUCAUUGGAGGUCCAGAUGAUUCUGAAGCACUAGCCUAUGCUAGUAGAAUGGUUCGACACGAGUGUGUGAAUGUAUCAAUUAUUAGGUUCCUUAUAUUCGGAGAAGAGAAUUCAAAAGAUAGAAAACGUGACACUGAUCUUGUAGAUGAAUAUAGAUAUUAUAACAACGGAAAUAGAAGGUUUGAGAUAACUGAAGAAGUUGUGAAAGAUGGAUUAGAAUUUUCUUCUAUUAUAAGAAGAAUAAUAGAUUGUUUUGAUUUGGUUCUGGUAGGGAGGUCACAUCCACAAUCAGUUUUGUUGCAUGGACAAGAUCAAUGGAGUGAGUGUCCUGAGUUAGGUGUGGUUGGUGAUAUGUUGGCUUCACCAGAUUUUGUGACAAAGGCAUCAUUGUUGGUUGUGCAACAACAGAGAAUGGGAGGGAGAUUCUCUAUACCUAGUGUUAUGCCAAGUCCAAGGGAUCAGGUUGUACGUGAUAUUUCAUUGGAUGAUUCAACAAUACCUUCCUGUAGUAUUUCAGUGGGUAAAUCUGACAUGUAAUGUAGAUACAUCUAUUUUAUUAGUGCUAUUUAUAUGUAUAUAUAAU